AUGCCCAACCUCCCGCUCCAACAAGCCGUGACAAUAAUCAUAGCAAAAGCUAGAGCAGUAGCAGCAGCACCACCACCACCACCACCACCACCACCACCACUGUCCUCCACCACUGUUCCCCACCAACGCAGCAUCAAUAACCUAGCACUCUUCCUCCUUCCUCUCCUCCUAGGAAUCUUGAUAUCGUACAUCGCCGUGCCAUCCUCGACUCUCAUCAUUCUGACAGCAUCUGUGCGGACGACGUUCCUGAAUCCUGCGGCACCCUUUCACAUCACGCUUCUGCGCACGAGGGGCUAUUCUGUUGAAGGAGAGGGGAAGAAGAUCGUAGUGAGCACAAGCACGAGCACGAGCACGAGCACGGGAGUGAGCGCUGAGGUCGCAAUGGCGCCAUCGGCCAGGACGCCGGUUUAUUUUCUAAGUCAUGGAGGGCCAGAUAUUAUGUAUGACCAGAACCAUCCCGCCUAUCGCAAGCUGCAGGAAAUUGGGCACGAAAUCACCACCAAGGUGAAGCCUCGUGCCGUGGUUGUUUUCUCCGCCCAUUGGCAAGCGUCGCGAGAUACUGUUGAAGUGAACAAUGCUGAGAUCACGGAGCUGAUAUAUGACUUUUACGGAUUCCCUAGCCAUUAUUAUGAGGAGAAGUUUCCGAAUGUCGGGAGUAGGCAGGUCGCGCAGAAGGUAAUCGACGCUAUUAGGGGAGCGGGGAUGAAAGCGGAGGGGGUGAAGAGAGGGCUUGAUCAUGGUGUUUGGGCUAGUUUUAAGUGUGCAUUCGACCCGGACCACAACCCCCUGAACGUGCCCAUCGUCCAAGUCUCCCUCUUCAAAACCGAAGAUCCCAUCCAGCACUACCGCCUGGGCCAAGCCAUCGCCAAACUCCGCGAGGAGAACAUCCAGAUCAUCGUUUCUGGAAUGGCAGUCCACAACCUGCGGGACCUCCGGUUUACGUUUGGGGACUCGACGCCAAUGCCGUACACUGCCAGUUUUGACGAAGCGCUGAGGGACGCUGUCACGACGCCACCAGCCCAGAGGGAGAAGGCAUUGGCUGAUCUGCUGAAGCGCGGGGAUGCACGGCAGGCUCAUCCCACGUUUGACCAUUUGCUGCCUAUCCAUGUGGGUGCAGGAGCUGCAGGGGACGAUGUGGGGAAGCGGCUGUGGACUUUGAAGGAAGGGAGCAUGAGUUGGGCGCAGUUUAGGUUUGGGGAGAUUGGCGCGGAGUGA